UGGUCACCUUACGUUAUUAUCUUCAAAUAAAAAUUAACUAAAGCUGGUUACAUUAAAUGCAACUAUUGGCUAGAAUCACGAGAGGUCAGGUAAUGCGUUCAAAUGUCAAAAAUGCAGUAAUUUCAUCAAUUUACCAGCGAGCAAACUUCGGAAUCACUGAACAUGAAUGAAUUCAAUGCUGGAACUGUCGGCUUCCGCAUUCCCUAGUUCCAGUGGAAGUCGGUGGGAGUGUCCCAACUCUGUUUUUCAACAGCUCUGCCAUCAAUCUCUGCUGUCAUUCAGCUCAGAUUCAGGCAGAAGUGAUAUCAGUAUGAGAAACCAUUCUUUCCUCGUGUUGGUUUUUCUACACGUGGUCGGUACGUUCUCCAGCACUCAAUGGACCAGACACAAGCGAGGGCUUCAACUACAGAAUAUUUCCUCUCUGCAGCUGUCAAAGUUCUGGAAGCAAAAGCCACAGUCCUUUCUGACAUAUCUGGAUGGAUCUGAGUCAGGAUACCACCUAUGCCAUAGUCCGAAGCAUCUGUUGUAACAAUUGUGGGCAAAGCAGGGUCAAAUAAAGCCAAUGCAGGGCUCUCUGCAAUCAGUUCUUUCACUUUCUGGAAACUUCUGUGUGCUUUGGUGGUCCAUGUGAAUUUUGCGUCUCCUCUGAGCACAUCUCUCAAUAACUGCUGCGUAGCUCGGAAUAAAUUUAUCAUACCAAGCAGUAAGACCUAGAAACGAUCUUAGAGUGGACGCAUCCGAAGGAGCUGAGGCAUUUUGUAUUGCCUCCAAGUGGCUGUUGUCUUGCAUCAGUCCUUCUUUUGAAAUGGUAUGUCCCAGGAAUGUGAGUUUCUCCUGGUGGAACUUACAUUUUUCGUCAUUUAGAUGCAAACCUGCUUCUUGCAGUUUGUGCUGCACUGCUUUGAGGUGGGCAUCAUGACUGGCAGCAGAAUCACCAAAUAUCAAUAUCCAAAUAAAACUGGACACCGAGAACAACUUUGAGGAUGAUAGACAUCAGUUUUUGAUAUGCUGCUGGGGCUGACGCUAAUCAAUAACAGACUCUCUUAAAGUGGAACAGGCCGUCCUGUGUUAUAAAUGGGAGGCAGUGAAGCAACGCUUACGAGUGUCAGCAGAUAGUUCUCAAACAUUUGCAUCCAUAUUCCAAAUGCAAUUGUUGGUUCUCCAUGACAUUGUAAGUAUGUAGGAGGAAGAUGGACUGCCAUCCUCAUCGCCAGUUUGUUGUGUAGUAAUAUAAAUCAAGAGAUAUCACAUUCAAGUAACUCACACGGUUUCUUUAUUAUCACUGAAUCUUUAAAAACAACAUUGUUUAACAACAUGUUUAAAGACGACAUUGUUAAGUGAACACAACACUGCUGUAGAUCACGACGUCACACUUGCCUUGAAGGCAACAGAGUUCUGGCCGAGUAUUAGAUUAGUAUUAUAUCGUAUUAGAGCCUUAGGGGUCUUCUUCUUCCUGACAGAGUUAUUUUAAAUAGCUGUUGGAUUAUUUGGGGAUCAAUAGUCUCUGGAUUAUGCUUCAAGAAGCAAAGAGUAACUUUGGUCCUUGGUCUACAUUCUACAAUACAUAUAUAUAAUUUAUAUGUUUUAUUUUUGAUCCUGAGGUGUGUUUGGUGUUACAGAUGGAGUAAAGUCAGUGUCAGUGAUGGAGGGAGAUUCUGUCACUAUACUCACUAGUCUUACUGAAAUACAGACAGGCAAAAAGCUGCAGUGGAUGAUUCAAAACAACACCAUAGCAGAGAUUGAUAGAGAAACCAACAAAACCUCAGUACCUGGGAAUCUACGUUUCCAAGGCAGACUGAAGUUGAACGAGAUGACUGGAUCUCUGACCAUCACAAACAUCAAAACCACAGAUUCUGGAGUUUAUCAACUAAAGAUCAGGGGCAAAAAGGGGACUAUAAGGGGGAAAUUCAGUGUUUCUGUACGUGGUGUGUUUCGUGUUGUAUAUGGAGUAAAGUCAGUGUUAGUGAUGCAGGGAGAUUCUGUCACUCUACACACUGAUCUUACUGUAAAAAAGACAGAUGAUCAGAUACUGUGGAGGUUUGGAGGCGACAUCAUUCCUCGCUUAAACAGCGCUGAUUACAAAUGGAGUAACAUCAAUCUGAUCAGUCAGACUGGAGACCUCAACAUCAGAUACAUCCAAAAUGAUCAGGCUGGAGUUUAUGAAGUGGAGAUCAGCACUGGCAGAGUGAUCUUACACAGAAAAUUUCGUAUUACUCUUAACGGUGUGUUUAGUGAUGAUGGAGUGAAGAAAAGGUCAGCGAUGAAGGGAAAAUCUGUCACUCUACAGACUAGAAUUACUUAUAAACCAGAAGACGAUGUAAUCGAGUGGACGUUUGGACCUCAAGACACUGCUUUAGCAAAAACUGACAUAAAGAAUAAAAUAUUAAUUUAUAACAAAGAUGAUGUGAGAUUUAAAGACAGACUGCAACUGAACCCCAUAUCUGGAGAUCUCACAGUCAAGAACAUCAACACUGAAGUGUCAGGAGUUUAUAAAGUGAAGAUCAUCAAGAGAACAUAUACAUUACAGAAGAUCUUCAGUGUUACUCUCAAUUAUCCACGUCCGUUUUCAGGUUCUAAAGUUAAAAAAAUUGUGUCAGGAAUAUGUGGGUCCAUUGCUCUGGUUUGUGCUGCAGCUGUUUUUUACUGGAAGAAGUAUAGACAAUCAAGACAAAUGUAUGCUGAUGAUGGUCAAGAAGCUGAAAGCACGUUUUGAAAACUCCCAACAGCAGUAUCUUGUAUUCACCACGACAGAAUACAUAUUAACAGUGGUUGAAGUUUACCCAUGUGUGCUUUUGACAUGUGAAAGUGAUGAGUGAGAAUAUCAUUUGAUUUGGCAUUGUUAAAUAAAUGUGCUUUCAUUUAUUAUGAAGUUGAUGUAACACUUAAAACACGUAAAACAGUGAAAAGAGUAUUAUGUCUGAAACCUCAGUAUUCAAAAAAAGAGUAGGCAAGAAACACCCCAAUAAUAAAGUGUAAAUGCCAUAAGUGCUUCUCUGCCGCCAUCUAGUGGUAAUCUCAUGUCUUUUUUAAAGUUUUGUUUGCCUAGAAGUGUUAUUUUUCCUUAAUCUUUAAACUUUUAGUAGUCAUAUACAGUGAUAUAUUCCUGUAUUAAGAGUCAAGACUGAUUUAAUGUAAUUUAGCAUGUGUGCUCUGUAUGAACACUUGAUAAUUGUUACACUUUUACAGAAUUUAGCAGAAAUAAUCUCAUGCUAAACUUAACAUGUGAAUACUUUUGUUCUUGUUUACUUGUUUUUUAUUUGAUACUCUUGCACUGUUACUUUCCACAUUUUAUAUUCUUCAGUUGUAAAACCUGCUGAAGCUCAAAAGGAAUAAACAGAAAUUUGCAGGAGAUUCAUCAAUAGAUGCUGAUUAUGAAUCAGUGUUUGUUUCUCACACUGAACGAGGAUCUUGUGUUUGUGUAUAAUGGAGAAGUUUCUCUCUCUUUUAUAGUCUAAGGAUUUUUAUUAUGAAAUUUAAGUAUGAGAGAAUGUCCAAAUGUGUCCAAUGUGUGUCCAAAACCACAUACUUCCCUAGUAUGAAAAGAGCAGUAGGCGAGCGAAUAAGUAUGUCUGAAUCCCUAGUAUUCAUAAAAGUAGGUGAGAAUUACCUGGUGACAUACACUAAUUCUCGCGAGAUUCUGACGUGCGAUACUUGCCUAGGCAAUAAAUACCCAAUAAUAAAGUGAUUAUUCAUUGUAUUUACCCAGUUAAUCAGGUUAUAAAAAGAUUUAAGAAAGA